AUACUACACACUACAUACCACAAAGGUCAGCAGCAAACGGGCAAGUUUAAGGAUAAUAUCCGGUUCUUGCCUGCACCCGUUGGAGACCUCUUGCUCGACUACUUGGUAGUUGUCAUCCCGCUCCGCUAAGUCUUCCUCCGCUAGUCUGCCCCGCAUACUAUUAUCUCUCCGUACUUAUAGUGGUAAGACGGGAAGGUCUGGGCUGACAACCGGCUCACGCGGUGCAUAGAGCAGGCGUGUAGUCGGGCUAGCAUCCCUAGGCUACAUAUAGCCAACUAGCGGCAGAUAACAGUCAAUAUCAUUAAAACUAAGUUUGCAGCUAACGUUAGGUGCUUUGAGGUUGACGACGGGGCUAACGACGAGGAUGCCGAAGAGAUUGAGGCUGACAUUCGGGUUAUGACCAAGCAGCGGAACCAUAGUACGCGGACUAUUAAUCGGGCAUAUACAAACCAACAUAAUGCUAACUUUAGGAAUGUAUAGGAUAGCCUUAUCCGCCGGAAUCUGCGUGCUUCAACUCUGUGGAAGGACUUAUGGGGGCUUAACUAGCUGCUUGGACCUACUAGGAAGAGGAAGCGGGAUGGUAAAGACAUUGGUGGUCCGCAAAUGCUUAAGAAGAUCGCCAUGGGGGUCUACCGGCCACAGAAGAAGUGGUCAGCUAUGGCUCUACUAAAGAGCGCUAGAAAGCUGUACUAGGAUGACACGCUGCAAUAGAGGUCAGUAGCCCAGGAACGGGCUGUGACUACUGUCAUGUCAUAGACUAAGCAAGUGGUGGUUAUCAUAGCUACUAGCGAGGGGAAGAGCCUGCUGUUCAUACUGCCCUACAUCCUCCCUAAUACUAGGGUAACGAUCUUAGUCUUGCCCCUUAUAUCUCUGCGAGGGGACCUCCUCCGCCGAGUCCGAGAGUUGGGGAUCGAUCACUUGGUGUGGGCGCCUAGCGAGCAGCAAGAUGCACCCUUGGUGUUUAUUACAGUUGAAGCAACAU